AUGUAUCAUGGUACAAUUAUUGGCAUGGGCCCACAUGGGAUAGCCCGUCCCCAUUGGACUGCUUGGACGCUGCAGCAGAUGAAGUGGAAGGCUAAUGAGCAAUUAGCAGCAUUCCCAAUCGAUGAAGAGACGGUUACCUUUGGACACGACCCGACAUGCAGUGAAAGAAAGGCGUUCCUUGUUGUUCUUGGCGACGCAGGCCUCACCAUCGAUGGCUGCCCCGUGAUCCCAUCUAUUAACGCCUCACUUCCCACAACGAAUCCCGUCUCUAAUAGCUGCGAAAUUGAAAUACACAAGAAACAUUUCAUAUCCUCCUACCUGCCCAAGCCGUUACGUUCUCCACUAUACAACAUCGAUUCACCAGUAAAGCCUGAAAAUAGCAGUGGCGGACGGAGGAAAUUACGAACGAGCAUGAUCUACGGCGCUCAAGAGAAUAAGGACCUUGUCAUCCUCGAAAGUGUCGAUGUCCAAGCCCUCUUCUACUCACCCCGCCUGUGCAACGACUGGGAUCGGUUUCUGAAAAGUCUGGAGGACAUGGGAUUGGACUUUCAUGUUGUGUUAGAAUUCUGGGAUCAAUGGCAUCAGCUGGCGCUAAAGAACGAAGUGCGCGCAAGACUAGCGCGCAUGACCGCUAAGAAAGAAGAGUCAUUCAGCUGA